AUGAAGCUUAUAAUGCACUCGGAUGUCAUAUUGCGAAAUGUUACUUUGCUUCUUUUGUUAUUUAUUGUCGAUACUCAUGCGCAAGAAAUCAGAACAUGGAGUCGUUUGUAUCCAACAAAUUCUGUUUAUGGACAGAACCAAGCGGUAGCGCAAUCUAAUAUUAAUAGUAAUAAUAAUAAUAGCAAUAAUUAUAGCAAUAUUAAUAUUAAUAACAAUAACAAUAAUAAUAAUGAUAAUAAAAGAAAUAAUGAUCUGCGACCUGCAGAAGUAGACGUCAAUGAAGAAUAUGACUAUGAAGAGACUCCCGAGAGAGAAGAAAUUGAGACAAGAGAAAUCCAUUAUGAAACAAAAGAGGAAGUUCCUGGUGACUACGAAGUUGAAUUUUACGAUGAUUAUGAUAAUGCGACAAAUUCUCAAGCGGCAGAAUAUGACACAUACGAUGAUGAAUCAGCAAGCAAAGAAGCAAUCCAUAGUCAUGAACAAGUUGUUGAGAGUCAAGAAGCAGUCAACAGUCAAGAUGAAGUAGCUGAAAGUCAAGAACAGAUAGUCAAUGAUGAUAAAAAAAUAAAUUUAAAUGUUUCUUCGCCUAAUAUUUAUGAUGACGAUGAAAGUAUUCUGAUAGGCGAAGCAGUGGUGUCUGUUGUCACUACCAAGAGUGUUGUCAAUGGGACAUACUCGGUACCAACAGCACCACCAAUGACAACGGAGCAAAUGUCACCACCUCCGACAGGUAAUUCGUCUGCAGAAGCUGUUGAAGAGACAACAGAAGACGCGAUGAUCGUCGCUUCCGUUCAGACCAGUCGCAGUAUUUCCGGAGCCAGGUAUUUGCCUUUCAAUGUCAACAAUUACGACGCGGUUAGCAAAAAUAUUAAUACUAAUGAAGAAAGCAAAGAUGAUUCUGAUGAUCAUGAUCAAGAAGAUGACAGCAAAGUCAACAAAACAGUCGCUGAGUCGACGGAAAGUAUCAUCGACAAGCUGGAUCGCGUGCAAUCAGAACUUUCGAGUGGAUUUCUGACUGGAGGAUUCAGAACUGCUGGAAACGCUCUGCAGCUGGAUGUCCUGAGUGAGCAGAGACCCACACGGAAAACUUAUACCACGACUUCUACCAAAGCCCCGGUGAUCAGCAAAUUUGUUCCACGGCGUAAGUCCCCAGAGACUACUGAGGCUGCGAAGACUACGGAGAGUUUGGAGAUUAAAGAAAUUACGAGUGUGGAAAUGAAUGAUCAGCCUGCGGCUAGUCUUAGUGCUGACAAGCCCAAGCCCUUCCGAAUACCUUGGCCGGGUUCUGCAAGAACUAGAGUCACUACCACGACAGAGCCCACGAGGAAGACCACCAGAAAACCGCUCAGUAAGGUCAGGGUUGAAGCUCAGGACAUCAGCGCUUUCCUACCGGCGGGUUAUAAAUUAAAAAAAGAAGAUCAGACCACUGAGAAGACUAUUCUCAGUGAUAUACUUGCUAAGUCUAGUGUUAAUAUCUCGGCACUGCUGCCCAAAGACUUUAAAGUAGCCAGCAAGCCGGAGAGCACUGAGCUAACUAAGGAACUCCCUUUGCAGAAUUUGUUUGCAAAGAGCGUUGACAUCAGCGCUUUCUUGCCUCCAGAUUUCAAAAAAAAUCCAACCAAGUCUGAGACAUCCACGACGACAUCUGGUACGCCGAUACAAAAGAGCUUGCAAGAAUUGUUCUCCAAGUCUAGCGUUGAUAUUUCCGCUUUGCUACCUCCUGGUUUUAAAGAAAAAGAAAAAGUUGAAGAAGUUAUUAUGAGUACUACUGAAGCCAGUACUACUAGCAAAGGUAUUAAGCUAGUGUUUCCCAGCAGACCUGGUGGUAGGAAAGCGAUAGCCAAAGCGGCGUCUACUAGUCGACCUGCUGACGCACCAACCGCUGUUACUCCUAAAAUUCAACGGGGCUGGCCAGUUAGGGCUACUACGGAGUUCACUGGGUGGCCAACACCUUCGACUACCCCGAUUUCUAUUGAGAAAUUGCUUGAAGCUGCCAGAACCGCAACUGCUACGUCUGGUAAUAUUUCAAUUGUCACGUCGACUAGUGAACCUUCAACUACUUCGACUUCGACGACCACCACCACGACGAUUCGACCUACUACUCCCGGACUCUGUGAAGAAGAUUGUGAAGUUGCUGGUACUAUUCGGAUCAUUGAUAAUGCUACUUGGGUUCCGGAACUCCUGGAUCGCAAUACGAAAGAGUGGCAAUUGCUGGCUGAUGAAAUUGAAAAAGAGAUGAACUUGGUGUUCCUUAAGUCUGCGAUCUUGAGAAAAUGGUACAAAAAUAUACGUAUCGACGCUUUUAGCCAGGGAAGCAUUUUGGUAGACUAUUUUGUAGAACUCCAAGAUUUGAGCCAAAAGAUAAAUACUCAGGAGUUGAAAGUAUUGUUCCACGACUCGCUGAGGGCUUAUAAUGCUCAUAAAUGGAACGAGACGAAGAUAAACAAAGGUCCAGUGAGAUUGGGAAACUUUGUAAUUGAUCCCAAGUCAACUGACUUUGUAGUGAUACCCAGAGUUACCUUGCCGCAGCAAAUUGAGAGGGACGACAGACUGAUUCCACAGUGGGCUGUUGCUGUUAUUGUUAUUGGUGUUGGUGGUUUAUUGUUUAUUAUUAUUUUUGGAGUCUCUGUUCUUUUAAAUCGGCAAAAUGCAUCAAAGUUGAGGCCACCAACAUCCGGAAUGUACGGAGAAGAAGCAGCUAAAAAUAUAAUACACUCAAGUCAUGUAGCGUCCUUCCAUAGAUCAUCGCACGAGUAUCCGAAGUCGGAAAUCUCAACGAUCUGGAACGAGCCCGAAGCAUGGAAGGAAAAAUCCUUUGAGUCAAAUUCAAAUAAGAUUUUAAUGGACGGUAUCGUGCCCGACAAUGAAAAAUACAAUGUCUAUGACAGCUGGAGAUCUGACUGGAACGGUUAUUACUAUCAGCCAUCUCACACAAGCAGCAAGUUCGCCGGUUACGAAAGUACUGCUAAUUUUUCACGCCAUCCGCCCGAUUACGACACUAAUUUUUAA